AUGUAUCGAGUUACAGCGCUAAUCACUGGCCGUCAGAAGAAACCUUGUCAAAAUAACGACUGGCGGGAUGAUUCGUACCGAGACAUUGCAAAUGUAGGCAUGGACGUAGAGAAAACGAAGAAAGGAAGUGUCGGCAACACAAGUGAGAAGGGAAUGCAUUUUGGAAACUGGGGCGUUGAGCUAGAAUCGAAGCGAGGAAAUUUUGCUGAGCUUGGGGCUGCUAGCAAUGGCAUUUUAUAG